CCAAAUGCGGAGUGGAGGGACCCCUCCCCACUUUUCCGAACCAAAUCCUCUCCCCUCCCUCUCCCCAACCAAACAUUGCCUAGCCUUUACCAUUUACUGGCAGCGCUGGACACAGUGGUGAGCGAAGGUUAGCGUCUUGUGUCUUGUUGAGCAGGUGAGAAGGGCGAGGGCGAGUCACAAAUGAUCGAAUCUCUUCCGCCACCGCCUUCGCCACCCCAAUCCACCACACCACCCACCACCGAUCAAACUUUCACCUUGAUUCCGGGCCUCCCCGUUGACGUCGCGGCUCUCAUCCUCUCUUUUAUCCCUUAUUCCCACCAUGCUCGCCUCAAGCCCACGUGCAAAUCAUGGAAAUUCUUCCUUUCCUCCAAAGCUUUCAUCUCUCUCCGCCGUCACCACCGUCACCUCUCUCACCUCCUCUGUAUCUUCCCUCAGGACCCUUCCAUAGACUCCCCUUUCCUCUUUGACCCCUCCUCCCUCGCUUGGUGCCCUCUCCCCCUCAUGCCCUGUAACCCCCAUGUCUAUGGCCUCUGUAACUUCUCCUCUAUUUCCAUCGGUCCUCACCUCUAUGUACUCGGAGGCUCCCUUUUCGACACCCGAUCCUUUCCGAUGGAUCGCCCCUCUCCGACUUCCUCCACUUUUCGUUUCAAUUUCCAUGAUUUCUCCUGGGAACGCCUUGCCCCUAUGCUCUCUCCACGUGGCAGCUUCGCCUGUGCCGCCGUCCCUGAUUCCCAACAGAUUCUGGUGGCCGGUGGAGGGUCGAGACAUACGAUGUUCGCGGCCGCCGGAAGCCGAAUAUGUUCCGUGGAGAGGUACGAUAUUAGGAAGGAUGAGUGGGUUGCCAUGGAUGAAUUACCCAACUACCGAGCGGGCUGCGUUGGUCUUUUUGUUAGGAAUCGAAAAGGGGACAGCAGGGAGUUCUGGGUGAUGGGUGGAUAUGGUGCUUCGAGGACCAUUUCGGGGGUUUUCCCUGUGGAUGAGUACUAUAGGGACGCCGUGGUAAUGGAAUUGAAGGAUGGGUUUGAUGAUGGGAGGUGGAGAGAGACUGGGGACAUGUUGGGAGACGGGAAGAGGAUGAGGCUUGGAAAGAUUGUUGUUGUCGAGGACGAGAAUCAAGACUAUCCCGGCAUUUUCAUGCUCCACAGGAAUGAGAUUCUGAGAUAUGAUAUGUCUUCGAAUCGCUGGCUCUGCGAGUCUCGUGUACCAAGAAAACCUCUACAUAACUCAUCAUUUGGUUUUGUGGUAUUAGAUGGGGAGCUAUAUGUGAUGACGCAUUCAAGUGUAGUUGAUAUGACUGAAAGGAGGAGGACCAGACACCACAAAAAGGCAGGCUCUCUGUUUAUACAAAUCUAUAACCCGAAGAAGAGGACGUGGAGAUCUCUAGUCACCAAUUUGCCCUUCAGUUGCCCCAUUGAUAUUAAUACUACAGUACUGAGCUCAAUUUGUCUGUGAAAUUCUGAUGGAAUCAUGUUAGAUGAUCCGCAUUCUUAUUUGCAGAUAUAUUUGUGUAUACAUGUGUCUACAUUGAGUCUUGGGUAGGGGAUAGUUCAUUUUUUUUUUUUUAAUUAGUAGGGAAUAGCCUGUACUUCGGGUGCAGGGGACGUAAAAUGUGUGAACAUUAAAGUACAGAUAUUUGUAUCGAUAAUGAAAUGGAUUACAUAUUA